AUGGGUGAGCAAAAAGUCGAGAAAGCGCACGGGAAGAAAAGAAAGAAAAAUUUUGGAGCGCUUGAUUCAAAUGGAACAAUUGAAAAUGGCACUUCGGAUGAACAGAAAACGGCAAUUUCCCGGGAAAAACCGAGAGCUUUUGAUGAAUUUGAUUCCAGUGAUGAGGAGGAUUUGCGAAAUACAAUCGGAAACAUACCGGUUGAAUGGUAUGAUGAAGAGGAGCACAUCGGCUACGACAAAGAAGGGAAUAAGAUCGGAAAAGCCAAGAAAAGUGGUGAAAUCGACACUUUUCUGGAGAAAAUGGAAGAUCCAGAUUAUUGGAAGAAAGUAUUCGAUCGACAAACUGGACAAAAUGUGACACUUACUCAAGAACAGAUUGACAAAAUCCAUGCUUUUGCUGUCGGUAAAUACCCGAGCAUUGGCUACAACCCAUAUCAACCAUUUGUGGACUUUUAUACUUCGGAAGCGACUAUUCAUCCAAUUGAUAAUAGACCGGCUUCGAAGAGCCAAUUUGUUCCAUCAAAAGAUGAAAUGAAAAUCGUUUCUCGAAUGGUGCAUGCUAUUAAGAUGGGAUGGCUUAAGCCUAAAGAAAAGAAAGAAAAACCAAAGGUCUACGAUCUUUGGGGUGAAGAAGACGAUAGCAACAAGACAAAGAGCGAGUUGGCUAGAAUACGAAUGCACAUGCCGGCUCCUAAGCUCACUUUGCCGACUCAUGCCGAAUCCUAUAAUCCACCAGAAGAAUAUUUGUUGACUGAGGAGGAAAAGAAAGAAUGGGAAGAGCAAGAUCCUGAAGAACGUCGAGCUAAUUUCGUGCCGCACAAGUUCGAGGCGAUGCGAAAGAUUCCACAAUACGAGAAGUUUGUCCGAGAACGCUUUGAGAGAUGCCUCGAUCUUUAUUUGGCACCUCGUCAAAGGAGAUUGAAGCUGAAUAUCGAGAAUCCGGAGCAAUUGUUACCCGAUCUGCCAAAUCCGAAUGAUCUACGACCUUUCCCGACAACUCUUGCCUUUUACAUGCGUGGGCACCUGGGACAAGUGCGCUCAAUUUCGGUUGAACCAGAGAAGGGAGAACUCGUCGCAUCUGGUGGACAGGAUGGAACUGUUCGCAUUUGGAUGCUUGAUAGUGGACGCUGUAUUAAGACACUUGAUUUCGGAGCACCGAUCCUUAGCGUCGCAUUUUGUCCGACUCCAAACAAGACAUUAUUGGCAGUUUCUUAUGAAGGAAAGCGAGUGGCAUUGGUUAAUACGGAGACUGGAGAUAAAUUAUUAAAUUCUCAAACCACUCAAUUUAUUGAUGAGCUUCCACUCAAUGUUGAAGAGGGCAUUCCGCAAGUUAAAUGGCAAAAGCAAAAGGAUCGAAUUGUUUUGGAAAUGAAUGCUGAUGUGCGUAAAGUUGUCUGGCAUCGGCGUGGCGAUUAUUUGGCUACGGUUGGAAUUUUGGACCAUGCUAGCUCCGUGAUCAUUCAUCAGCUAAGCAAAGCAAAAAGCCAGUGUCCAUUCUCGAAGAAGAAGGGAUUAGUUCAAUCUGUGGCAUUCCACCCUACUCAACCACAAUUCUUUGUGGCUUUGUCGAGACAUGUUCGCGUCUAUGAUCUAGCCAAGUGUCAACUGAUCAAAAAAUGUCUUGCCAACAGUAGUCAUUUGAGCGUGAUGAUAGCCGACAACCAAGGAGAUAAUCUAUUUGUUGGUGGUUUGGAUCGCCGCUUCUCGUGGAUUGACCUGCAACUGUCGAAUAGACCCUGGAAAUCACUUCGGCACCACGGAUCGGCUAUUCGUGGAAUUGCCUACCACAAAAAGUAUCCACUUCUUGCAACUGUGUCUGAUGAUGGAUCAGCUCUCGUCUAUUAUGCUCGAAUUCACACGGAUUCAUUCCGAGAUAACGAACUGGUCCCAGUGAAAAGACUUCGGGGACACACCAAAGUUGGCGACUUGUCGAUGCUGGAUACUGCUUGGCAUCCCACCCAACCAUGGCUGCUCACUGCUGGUGCUGAUGGUACGAUCGGUCUAUGGAGUUAU